AUGACACCCGUGCAGGCAGCUUCCAUACCAUUACUACUAAAAGGAAAAGAUGUUGCUGCAGAAGCAGUAACAGGGAGUGGAAAAACAAUUGCGUUUUUAGUUCCACUCUUAGAGAUAUUGCAGAAAAGAAAUGAGAAAUGGAAACCUAUAGAAAUUGGAGCAAUAAUAAUCAGUCCUACAAGAGAAUUGGCUAUCCAAAUAAAUGAAGUUUUGCAAAAGUUUCUAGACAAUAUACCAGAUUUAAAACAAGUAUUACUUGUUGGUGGUACAACAAUUGCAGAAGAUGCAGAUAAACUUAAAGCUGGAGCAAAUAUUAUUGUAGCCACACCUGGUCGAUUAGAAGAUAUGUUGUCUAAUUGUAAAAGUAUAAACUUGACAGCAUAUGUAAAAUCUUUGGUAACUAAUAUUUAA